AUGUACCUAAUCGUGGAGUUUGAGGGAGAAGGGACGACUGGACCAGCUGCCAAGUCCUGGUAUGCAGAUGGCUACUCCUGGUGGCCACCAUAUAAAGACCUUGACAGGUUGCUGAAGAGUGUUAGGACAAUGGAGGCACCACAGCCAGAGAAAGGGUGGACCCGACACAGAGCAAGAAUCCUGCAUGAGUCAGCAUCUUUUCAGAAUGUAGCCAACAACUGGAAGAAGGCCAGCUACACUUCUGACAUAAACUCAGAACCUGAAAUUACAGGAAAAAGGAUUGCCAAAAAGAAAACAAGUACCGAUCAUAUCUACUCGUCAGAUGAAGAGGCAGCAGAUCAACCACCCAUUAAAAAAAGAAAAGCUGCAAACAAAGCAAGUGUUCCACCUGCACCAAAACCUCCAGCAAUUCCAAAACGCAACAAAAAAGCAUUUGUCAAUCAGCAACAAAGGGACAUGGAAGACCAACAGCAGACCUGGUGUGAGAGUCUCCCCAGCUUUCAAGCUCCACUGCGUAUGUCUCAGGCAGACCAUGACGGAGAAGGCUGGUGUGUUGAUCAACCUAACACACAAGAGCACAACUUUGCUGUCCUGAGACCCUCAGAGGACCACCUAGGAAGAGCCCAGACUCCAGUGGGCAUCUCUCAGGCAGACCAUCAUGGUGACAGCUGGAGUGCUCAUCCACCUGACACACAAGAGCACACCUUUACUGUCCUGAGACCCUCAGGUGACUACCAAGGAAGAACACCGACUCCAGUGGGCGUCUCUCAGGCAGACCAUCAUGGUGACGGCUGGAGUGCUCAUCCACCUGACACACAAGAGCACACCUUUUCUGUCCUGAGACCCUCAGGGGCCCACCAAGGAAGAACACUGAGUACUUCUGGUGGGAGACAGGAAAAUCCAGUCUUGAGUACUGUAACAAAUCAAUGUACACCUGUAGAAAGGACAAUUCUGGAAACACUAGAGAAAAUGGACAUGAAGAUCAACCAUCUGACUUCACUGGUCCAGUCUCUAGUGGGGAACAGGCGUGUUGUACCCCAAAUGCAGAUGGCUGAAGAGGAAGAGGGUGGUGUCUUUCCUCUAGCAUCUACUGCAGACCUAGAUAGGCUGGAACAAAGAUUGGUAGACAGAGGGUUUAUGCAGAGAAUGGUGAACAGAUUAUCCAUCAGUGGCGGGCCGAGCAUGAAGAAAACUGUAUGGAGGAUUUGCUCCAAGGUGUUCUCCACUGACGUCGCCCGACAGUUGAACUGGUGCGGGAGGGGAGACAAGAGAGGCAUCCGAAAAUCACACAUCGGAGCGCUCCUAGUAGCUUCAGCUAUGAGGAACCCCGUCCUUCUGUCUCCAACCGAAGCAGACGCGGAAAAAUUUAUUAAAGAUUUCCUACGCUUGGCCCCAGGGAGGAUUUAAUUUAUGUUUUUUUUUUUUUUUUGGAAUGCCUGUAUAUAUGUUACAAAUAGUGUAUUGUUGUUGGCAUAAACUGUUAUCUUGUUUUGUAUAAAUCAAAUGUU